CUAAUCCGCCGGCUGUGACACGCCCACCAGCAGCAACUCUCGAGUUCAGCUGCAACAGUUCCGUUAUGUCGAUCAGAUCCCUCGCUAUAGUAGCAUUAGAUGCGCUGAAGAUGAGCAGACACACUGUUCCUCGAGCCAGGAUCAGUUAGGAAACUCUGAAAACGGUGUACGAGCUGAGGACAAUGGCGAGAGACUUCCCCACGACGAGUCUGAGUAACAUCGAGCUCGCCUCUCUUCGGGAUCCUGCAGGGAUCUUCGAGCUCAUCGAGGUGGUCGGGACCGGGACUUAUGGACAGGUUUACAAGGGUCGUCAUGUGAAAACAGGUCAGCUGGCAGCGAUCAAGGUGAUGGAGGUGACGGAGGACGAGGAGGACGAGAUCCAGCUGGAGAUCAACAUGCUGAAGACUCACUCCCAUCACAGGAACAUAGCCACGUACUACGGUGCGUUCGUGAAGAAGAGUCCUGCGGCUCAGGACCACCAGCUGUGGCUGGUGAUGGAGUACUGCGGCGCCGGCUCCGUCACAGAUCUGCUGAAGAAGACCAAAGGGAGCUGCCUGAAGGAGGACUGGAUCUCCUACAUCUGCAGAGAGGUUCUGAGAGGUCUGCUACACCUGCACACUCAUCACGUGAUCCACCGAGACAUUAAAGGACAGAACGUGCUGCUGACGGAGAACGCUGAGAUCAAGCUGGUGGAUUUCGGCGUCAGCGCUCAGCUGGACAGGACGAUGGGCAGGAGGAACACGUUCAUCGGGACGCCGUACUGGAUGGCUCCGGAGGUGAUCGCGUGCGACGACAACCCUGACUCCACGUAUGACUACAGAAGCGACCUGUGGUCUCUGGGCAUCACCGCUCUAGAGAUGGCCGAGGGAACGCCUCCCCUGUGUGACCUGCAUCCCAUGAGAGCGCUGUUCCUCAUCCCACGAAACCCUUCUCCCAGACUCAAGUCCAGGAAAUGGUCCAAGAGGUUUCAGAUGUUUGUGGACAGCUGUCUGGUGAAGAACCACCUCCAGCGGCCGUCCACAGAGACGCUCCUGCGCCACUCCUUCAUCAGAGACCUUCCCAACGAGCGACAGGUGCGCGUCACGCUCAGAGACCACCUGGACAGGACCAGGAAGAGGAGGCCGGAGAAAGAGGGGACGGAGUAUGAAUACAGCGGCAGUGAAGAUGAAGAAGAUGCUAUGAAUGAAGAUGAAGGUGAACCCAGCUCUAUAGUCAAUCUUCCCGGAGAGUCCCUGUUGAGACGGGAGUUCCUGCGUCUGCAGCAGGAGACACACACACACACACACACACACCUGCUCCAGCAAACACACAACCAGGACCACUACAGGAGACAGCUGCUGGCCGACAGACAGAAGAGGAUCCAGCAGCAGCAGGAGGAGCGCCGCCGCCUCGGAGACCAGACCGGGCUCCAGUGGUCAGAGCUCCAGGAGAUGAUGUGGCAGGAAGACCCUGACGUGACCGAGAAGAGCAGAAGAAAUCAGAAGAAACAGCUCAGAGACGGUGAGCAGGACAGGACUGAUCCUGAGUCAGCGGCUCUGGCAGGUGAACCGGAGGCUCUGGACACACAUCCUGUCAAUCUGAAUAACGUGGUGAGGAUUCCUCAUGUUCAGUCUCGUCUGGGAUCAGGAAGCUCCUCCAGUCCGUGUUCUCCAGCGCUCCAGAGAGCGGCCGAACCACAGAACAUGAACGUGUGUCCCAGACAUCAGCUUCAUCUCAGCAGCUCUAUGACAGACAUCUCUCCUCUUUCUCCAGCGAUCGAUGAAGUCUUCUUCAGUCCUGACGAGCAGCCGCACAAGAUUCCCGAGCGAAGCCUGUCCGAGUUGAAGGAUGUGGCGAGUCCACACAGAGACGGGUCCAGCGGUGAUGGACGCAUGUCCUUCAGCUCCAGCAGCAGCUCACAGUCCGGUCACUGUCCAGCUGCUCUGCUUCCUGCAGGUCACUGUGUGCUGGACAGAAGCGCUCCGGCCUCGCCACACGACCAGGGUUUGGGGAAGACGUCUCCCUUCAGCCCUUUACUGAAGCUUGCUGAAUAUUCUUCCUCCAGUGAUGAAGAUGAAGAGAGGACGAGGUCUCUGUUGAGCAGUGUGUGUCCGCUGUCCUCCAGAGAUGGCUGUGAUCAGAUCAUUCACAGUGUUGAUCAGCAGCAGCAGAGUGCAGCACAUAACGUCCAUCAGAGGCCUGCAGGAUCUCAGUCCAGUGACCGCUGCCUUCUGCCCGACCUGCUGCACCAGAGCCCCUCACACCAGCAGCAGAGCGUCCUCGAGAAAAUAUUCAGUAACCAGGCAGGAAAAAGCACUUCGUCCUCCUCUUCCUCAUUCUCCCCUUUCAUUGACCCUCGUUUGCUGCAGAUCUCUCCACCUCAGAGUCCACAGGGAUUCGUCCAGCUGAACGGCAGGUGCGAGCCGUGUGUCAGACGGCCUCACAGGAAGGGCUCGGUGGUGAAUGUCAACCCCACCAACAUCCGUCCUCAGAGCGACGCCCCAGAGAUACGCAAAUACAAGAAGAAGUUCAACACUGAAAUCCUCUGUGCUAGUCUGUGGGGAGUGAAUCUGCUGGUGGGCACUGAGAGUGGUCUGUGGCUGCUGGACCGCAGUGGUCAGGGUAAGGUUUACUCUCUCAUCAGCCGCAGACGCUUCCAGCAGAUGGACGUGCUGGAGGGGCUGAACGUGCUCAUCACUAUAUCAGGUAAGAAACACAAGCUGCGGCUGUACUAUCUGUCCUGGCUGAGGAAUAAGAUCCUGCAUAAUGACCCCGAGGUGGAGAAGAAACAGGGCUGGACCUCCGUGGGAGAACUGGAGGGGUGUGUGAGCUAUAAAGUAGUUCGCUUUGAGAAGAUCAAGUUCCUGGUCAUCGCUCUGAGGAGCGCGGUGGAGGUCUACGCCUGGGCUCCCAAACCUUAUCACAAGUUCAUGGCUUUUAAAUCGUUCAGCUCGCUGCCCCAGAAGCCCCUCUCAGUCGACCUGACGGUGGAGAACGGACAGAGGUUAAAGGUCAUCUAUGGCUCUCACUCUGGGUUUCAUGCUAUCGAUGUGGAUUCAGGGACGCCCUUCGACCUCUACCUGCCCAGUCAUAUCGGCGGUGUGAUCCGGCCACAUGCCAUCAUCAUCCUCCCCAGCAGCAGUGGGAUGGAGCUGUUGCUGUGCUACGAGGACGAGGGCGUCUAUAUCGACACCUAUGGCCACAUCACCAGGGAGACAGUGCUGCAGUGGGGGGAGAUGCCCGCCUCCGUGGCUUAUCUUCAGUCGAAUCAGGUGAUGGGAUGGGGAGAGAAGGCCAUCGAGCUGAGAUCGGCCACCUCGGGCAGUCUGGAGGGGGUCUUCAUGCACAAGAAGACCCAGAAGCUCAAGUUCCUGUGUGAGAGAAACGAUAAAGUGUUUUUCGCGUCGGUGCAGUCGGGCGGAUGCAGUCAGAUCUACUUCAUGACGUUGGGACAGAGCUCUCUCUUCAGCUGGUGAUCGUCUUCAUCAGACUACAGUCACAUCACAUAUCCAACCAUCUGUUGAUGCAGACUCCAUGUUCUUCUCAGUUUUCUGUAUUAACAUGGAAACAGUUUUAAUAGAGGUGAUAUAUAUGUUUGAGUUAAUACAUGUGAAGUAACUGAUAUAUUGCGUUGUCUGACAGUGUCAGCUUUUGUCUCGAUCUGAGCUUGAACCGUGUUUUAUAUUUUAAAUGUAUUAUAUUAUUCCCAUGUCAAAUCUGGCUAAAAGGACUUAAUAUUUAGUCCUUAAUUAUGUUAUUGUAUAAUAAUAACCACGGCUGGUACACGGUGAAACCAAUCCUAACAGCCAGCCGAGUGACUGUCAAAUAUCAUGACUGAGGAGUUCAGGUGAGCAUCACGAAGCUCCAGAAGAAUGGAGCAAAGAGAAGCAGCAGGAAGUGGAAGAGGAUCACAUGAAAGAGUUAAAGAAAGUCCAAGUGUUGGAAAUGAGUUGUGGAGUUCAGGAUCAGACGGAUGGAUCAAACUCUGGUCCAUUGAAAUGUGAUAUUUGGGCAGGCUUUCUGCACUCAGAAGAUGUGAUGCUUCACAUCACUUGUGUACAGACUAUCAUGAUUAAUACUCAGCGAUCACUGAACUGUGCUGUGUAGUGUUCAGGAGUGUCCAUGUACUUCUGUGCUCCAUUAGGAAACACUGUGAGUCUGAUGCUCCGUUCAGUCACAGGACUCAGUGUUCAUUAAUCACACUGCUGUGUUUUCUUCUCUCUAGCAGGACGUGUCCGAGUGUAUUCUCAACCGUGCCUUAAUGUGCUCUGUCUGGCUUGUGUGUGAGAUGUGAUGCAUGUACAACUCUAAACUGGGGUUUGUUUUAACAUUAUAAUGUCCUGCGGUACUUGUGCUUUCACUUUGGGUCAAACUUUAAGAGUCAAUACUGCACUUUAACAACAGAGAAUUUAAAUUUAAUUCAAAGCAUUUUUCUUUGUAAUGGUGAUAUUUGACUGACAUUUACUGUACUGUAAAUAUUCUGCGUUUUAUAGACAGUUUAUAUCAAGACCCAUAUUCUCAUGUCAGGUUUAGACUGUAACAGCAUAUACAGUACAGUGUGUGUUGUGUGUCACAUGAAGGAAUUGAGCCAAAUAAAUGCUUUAAUAACAGACCA